GUCACGUUUCCUGGCGGCGCGUGACCUACGAACCGGAAGUGGACGAGCGCCGCUCCGUUCAUUCGCUUGGAUUUUUUUCCCCCAGUGUGGUAGAACUGACAUCAUCCUAAAGAAUGUCUUCAGAUGCCAAGAAGAGGAAGCCAAAAGUGUUUCGCAGUGAAGAAGGGAAGCGAAGCCGCCAUGAGGAGCAGGAGGGGCGAUAUUACAGUGAGGAGUCAGAGGUAGAUUUACGAGACCCAAAAAAGGACUACGAGCUGUACAAGGAGACCUGUGAAGAUCUGCAGAGGCUCAUGGCUGAAAUUCAGGAUCUGAAAAGCAAGGAGAGCAAAGAUGCGUCUGCAGAGAUCGAGGAAAGACGUAUCCAGAGUUGUGUACACUUCAUGACCCUGAAAAAACUGAAUCGCUUGGCUCACAUCCGGCUAAAAAAAGCUAGAGAUCAAACUCAUGAGGCUAAACAGAAAGUGGAUGCAUAUCAUUUGCAGCUGCAGAACUUGUUGUAUGAAGUUAUGCACCUUCAGAAGGAGAUCACCAAGUGUCUGGAGUUUAAGUCAAAACAUGAAGAAAUUGAACUUGUGAGUGUGGAAGAGUUUUAUCGAGAGGGUCCUCCAGAGAUUUGCAAGCCAGAGAUUACAUCCAAUGACCCACAUCAGCAAACAUUAGCUCGUCUGGACUGGGAGCUUGAACAGAGGAAAAGGUUGGCAGAGAAGUAUAAAGAGAGUUUGGCUAGUAAAGAGAAGAUUCUAAAGGAGAUCGACAUUAAGAAGGAAUAUCUAAACAGCCUCCAGCCACAGCUUCAAAGCAUUAUGCAGGCUUCAUUGCCGGUACAGGAAUACUUAUCAAUGCCAUUUGAUUGUAUGCAUAAACAGUAUGAGACAGCACGACAUCUACCUGCACCUCUGUAUGUGCUGUUUGUUCAAGCUGGCGCCUACAGCCAGGCAUGUGCCCAUAUGAAGAGUUACUCCCAGCCCUAUAGGCAGGAUAAGAAGCUUGUGGUCAGCAUUGAAGGCAGUGUUGAAGAAGCAAAGGCCUUAUUUAAACCACCCGAGGAUUCUCAAGAUGAUGAAAGUGAUUCUGAUGCAGAGGAGGAGCAAACUACAAAACGUCGGCGUCCAACACUUGGGGUGCAGCUAGAUGAUAAAAGGAAGGAGAUAUUAAAGAGGCACCCACUGUGUGUUUCCCUCAUAGUAAAAUGCAAAGAUAACAGCUCUUUAAAUCUUACUUGCUACUUCCUUAUGAACCUCAAUAUCCUUACUGUGAAGGCAAAAGUCUUUCCAGCGUCUGAACUGGCAAGCUCCAUCAAUGCUGGUGAGCUACUGAACCCUGACACAGUUCUCAGCUGCCUCUACCCCGGAGAUGAUGGAAAGAAAACUCCCAACCCAGCUAACCAGUAUCAGUUUGAUAAAGUGGGUAUCUUGGAUCUGAGUGACUAUAUAUCAGAGCUUGGCCAUCCCUAUCUGUGGGUACAAAGAAUGGGAGGACUGCAUUUUCCAACAGAUCAACCUCAGCCGUCAGUCGUAGCAGACAACACUCUAAGCGCCAGCCACAUGGAGAAGACCAUUAAGUUAUUGAGGUCACGGCUAUUGUCUCGUUUAUCUCUGCACAAGCAGUUUGCUUCUUUAGAACAUGGCAUUAUUCCAGUUUCUGUAGAAUGCCAGAAUCUCUUUCCGGCAAAGGUCGUAUCCCGUCUAACUAGAUGGAGUAUGAUACCGUAUGAAGAUUAUGUGAUGCUUCCGUAUACUAAAGAAAUUGUGGAGUGUGGCUUAGCACUGAACACCCAUCUUUAUUAUUCCCUUAUGAUUGACAGGGGGACAGCCAAACUUCACGGAGCAGUAGUUCUUAAUCCUGGUUAUUGCGUCAUCCCUCCACUGUUUAGUCUUUGCCUCAACUGGAAGGGUGAGCGUAGUUCCAGAAAUGAUGAAAACAUUCGAGUUAUGGAAAGUGAAAUCAACGUCUACUAUAAAGAACUUAGUGGUCCUUCCCCUGGGUUUCAGUUGCUGACAAAUCAGCUGCAAAGACUGUGCAUGUUGUUGGAUGUCUAUUUGGAGACAGAAUGCCAUGAUAACAGUGUGGAGGGUCCACAUGAAUUUCCUCCAGAGAAGAUAUGUCUUCGUUUGGUUAAGGGACCCAGCCGUAUGAAGCCUUUCAAGUAUAAUUCUCCACAAGGGUUUUUCAGCCACCGCUGAAACACAGAUCAUCACUAUUUUUUUAUUCAUUUGUUUGUUUAGCUGUUUCCUUCCCAUCACCACAUUGUGGAAGCAGAUGGUGUAAUAGUUUGAAAUAAACCAUUGUCCAAAAUGA